AAUCAUAAUUUUUAUUAUGAAAUCAAUAAUUAUAUUUCCUAUGUUUUGUUUUGUCUUAAAUUUAUAAUAAAUUAAUAAAAGUUAUUGCAUACUAUUAUAUAUUUUUUACAUAAAAUAUAUCUAAUUUACACAUAACCAACUACACAAAACAAUCUUUAAAAAAAAUAUAUAUAUUUUUCAAAAAAAACACUUAAGCUUACAUUAUAUUCACACUUUCGUUCCAUAUAUAUCAUUAGAUCUAAUAUUUUUGCCUAUAACUUUAAAAUUUCUAAUAUCUGUAAAAAAAAUUUAAAAAAUCUUUUUUGAUCACUCACUCCGCGCAGGGCGCGGAUUAUCACCUAGUUCAUCGUUAUUACGUAGGGUCUCAGUUAUAUAAUCCAUAUGAAGUAAUUCAUUAUGAGAUGUUUAAAAAUUAUCUAUUUUUCAUUUUCUUUGAUUUUUAAAAGUUUGUAUAAAAAAAAUUAAAUUUAUUGAACUUGUAUGUAUUGAGGUUUAUCAUUGAUUAUAUUAACCUUAGUAACAUUAAAUGAUCCUUUAAUGUAAAACAGGCCAAAUAUAAACUCACAUCCUUCCUUAUAAAUGGACAAGUAACUGAAAAUUCUCUUAAAAAUUACAAGCUCGCAAAACUAAGUUAGAUACACGAGUAGGAAAUAAUAUGUUUAAUUUACUAUGAUUUCCUAAUUUUAUAAAUUUUAGAAUCAUAACUUAGUUAUAAACUUAUAAUUUAAAAGAAAAGGGCCGGUAGUCUAGUUAUAGGGAUUGAUUGGGAAGUGUUAUAGCUUUAUGUCUUUUACUUUAUAAAUUAGGCGAAUGGCUUCACGUACAAAGACGAAUAUUUUUUUAAAAAAAAUAUAUAUAUAUAUAUAUGAGCAUAUAAUGAAACUUUCAACGCCCCUAAAUUAUUAUUUUUUUAUGACGAUGCAAGCUUUCAUGAAUACAAACAAAUGGUGCUAAGUAGCCUAAAUUAUUUGUUGGUUAAUUUCAUGGUUUAAUAAAAUCAAAUAAAAGUACGAAAGAUUCAGUGGCUAAUGACAUUUAUGUGGUAACCAAUAAUUAAAAAUAGAACCAACAGUAUUAAAUUUACGUACCUACCCUUUAUUUUGCAGUGAUUAAGUUUUACACUUCCUUCCUCUUUCAAAUUCAUCUUCUCUUCGAUUCGACCCCAAAUUGGAAGCAAGUUUAAAUUCGACACCAAUGGCAGAUUCAGAGCCAAUCAGAGAAGGGGAACAAGAGACUCACACAACCACUACUCUCCAUCACCAAAUGAUUCCUUCCGAGCUGACUCACGACGAGUUCGCCGAGCUAACCGACUCAAUCACCGAGUUCCACACCUACCAACUCGGUCCCGGUCGCUGCUCCUCCCUCCUCGCCCAACGCAUCCAGUCCCCUCCCGAAACCGUCUGGUCCGUCGUGAGACGCUUCGAUCGUCCCCAGAUUUACAAACACUUCAUCAAAAGAUGCUCCGUCGAAGAAGGAUUCGAGAUGCGAGUGGGGUGCACGCGCUACGUGGACGUGAUCAGCGGCCUUCCGGCGAACACGUCGAGGGAGAGGCUCGAUCUCCUCGACGACGAGCGGAGGGUGACGGGGUUUAGCAUCACCGGAGGCGAGCACAGGCUGAGGAAUUACAAGUCGGUGACGACGGUUCAUGGAUUCGAGAGAGAUGGACGGAUCUGGACCGUUGUUCUUGAAUCGUACGUCGUGGAUGUGCCGGAGGGGAACACGGAGGAGGAUACGCGUUUGUUUGCUGAUACUGUGAUUAAACUGAAUCUUCAGAAGCUCGCGUCGAUUACUGAAGGUAUGAGUCGGAGUUCCGGCGACGGAGGAAACCCUCCGGUGAUGUGAAAGUAAUGAACACGAAAACAAAUUGGGGAAUUUCAUCUUUUUUUUUUGUUUAAUAAAAUUUUCCUUUGUAACAUUUUUUUUACUGAAUUGUAAUUUGCUUUUGGUCGUUAUUGUUGUCUCCUGGAUAAUUGGAAACUGGAAUGUUCGAUAAGUUAAAUCCAACGUUAGAAUAGCUGUUUACUUUUUACUUUAAAGCCAUCUGAGAAAAAAAAAAAAAAUAACUUGAUCUGGCUCAGAGCAUCUCCCAAGAGCAACCUUAUAUUUAAGGUUUACUGAACCUUAUAUUUGAGGUUUAAGGAUGAUCUUCUCCAAGAGUAAACUUCAAAAAAAACCUUAAAAAUUUUCAUCUUUUACAUAACAGUCUUUACAUUAUACAAACCUCAAAUAAAAGCAUAAAACUUUUAUAUAAUCUAAAAUCAUACAACAAAAAUAUUUUAAACAACAUUUAUUAAUAAACUAUUACAUUUUAAUAGCAUAUUACAUAUAAAUAAAAAACUUAAAAAUACAUAAUUAGUUGUGUUUUGUUCUCCAACAUCACAAUCUCUGGGAUUGUCUUCAUUUUCAAUCAACUUAAGUAGUGAUGAUGGUGGAUCAAAUUCAUCACAGCGUCCCAUUGGAUCAAAGAAAGCAAAACUCAAAAGAAAAAUCUCAGAAGGUAACAAUUCUUCAGUUGACACUUUGGUUUCAUCAAAUGAACAAGUCAUUGGUUUUUUAAAAGAAAAUGCAUCAGCUACGGAGAAGAAUUUUGAAUUAACUCAGCUACAUAUGCAAAACCAAGCAAAAAAACUAGCCCUUAAAGAAAUGCACGAAUAGAAUAAAAUGUUGCUAACAAACCUAGAAUCUAUCAGUGAUCAUACUACUCGUGAGUUUAUUCGAUCUGAACAAGAAAGAAUUAUAAAGAAAAGAACUCGAGGACAACAACAGCCUCCCAAUGCACCAACUUUUUAUGGACAACUUUUUAGUGAUAUUGAAGGUUCGGGAUCAGGUUUACCGGAAUAUUAGUAUAAUUGUAAUAUUGCUUAUGUAAUUUUAUUUUAUGCAUUUUUAGUUUUUGUAUUAACUUGUUUGAUGUAAUAUUGUCUUGUAUAAUAUUUGUUUAAUAUUAUUAAAAUAUUAUGCUUUGUUUUUA